AGUCUUCGCCUUGAGGAGGUCCUGGUGAAAACAGGAACAUUUGUAGAGCGUUAAGUCGUCUGUAUAAAAAUAAUAAUAAUAAUAAUAAAAAAGAAAAGGGAAAAAAAAAGAAAUUAGCAUAAAAAAUUUUUGGAUCUGAAUUUAACGAACUGCAGUGUGCGCGAGACACAUUAACGCGCGCAUGACCUGACCGUUGAAAGCGCGAGCUGUUUGAAAUUUCGGGCUCUCACGAGCUAAGGCUCAUUCGCUAGUUAGCUAGCUAGCUAGGUGGCUACCGUUAGCUGCUCGGCUAAGAGGAAUAACAACAGUAAGAAUAAUAAUGAGCUCCAGCACUAAAGUGGUCCAGGUGACCAACGUGUCUCCGAGCGCGACCUCGGAGCAGAUGAGGACUCUGUUCGGCUUCCUGGGAAACAUCGACGAGCUCAAACUGUUCCCACCAGAUGAUUCUCCCUUGCCUGUGACUUCCCGUGUCUGUUUUGUAAAGUUCCUCGAAUCUGAAUCAGUUGGCGUUUCGCAGCAUCUGACGAACACAGUCUUCGUGGACAGAGCCUUGAUCGUCGUCCCAUUCGCUGAAGGAGUGAUCCCCGAUGAGUCCAAAGCUCUGUCGCUGAUGGCUCCAGCCAACGCCGUCGCAGGAAUGUUGCCAGGCGGCGGGCUUCUCCCCACACCCACUCCAGUGCCAUCUAUUGGUGGUGUUCCUCUUGGCUCUCUGGGUGGGCCUGGCAUGGAUGCUAUGGCAGCUUUAGGCAUUCCUGGACCCAAUAUGAACCCUCAGUCUCUGUCGGCGGAGCAGAUUAUGAAACUCAUGGCGUCAAUGGAUCCCAAGUUAAAUCCAUUGGCUGCUGGUUUAAACCUAAACGCUGGACUAAAGGCAGAUGCGUCGAACAAGGAGAUUGAGGAGGCCAUGAAGAGGGUGAGAGAGGCCCAGUCUCUGAUCUCGGCUGCCAUCGAGCCUGGAAAUAAGAAGGAUGACAAAAGGAAGCAUUCAAGGUCGAGGUCAAGGUCACGGAAGAAGCGAUCGAGGUCUCGCUCCAAAUACAGGCGUUCCAAGAGCCGGUCACGGCGACGGUCUCGCUCCAGGAGCAAGAGGAGGUCUAAGAGCCCCCGCAGGAGGAGAUCUCACUCUAAAGACAAGAGGAAGCGCUCCAGGUCAAGGGAUCGGAGAAAGCGCUCGAAAACUCCUCCGAAGAGCUACAGCAGUGGCAGACGCUCCCGCAGCACCAGCCGCAAACGGCACAGGAGGAGCCGCAGCAUCUCCCACUCACCGAAAAAGUCCAGAUCUCCAAAGAGGAGGCUCUCUAGAUCUCCUUCUCCCAGGAGGCAUAAGAAGGAAAAGAAGAAGGACAAGGAACGCGAAAGAGACCGGGACAGAAAAGAAGACCAAAACCGAGACAAGAGAGAACGUUCCACCAGCAAGAAGAGCAAAGACAAGGAGAAGGAGCGAGACAGGAAGUCAGACGGCGAGAAGAGCGACGUGAAGGUGAUCCGGGAUUAUGAUGAAGAAGAGCAGGGCUACGACAGCGAACAUGAGGAAGAGCGGGAAAGGAGCCCAGACAUGGCGCCGUCUCCGCACGCCGACGGCGCUGGGAGGGGAGAGUCAGACCAACACAGCGACGAGCAGCAGGACGAAGACAUGGACAUGAGUGACUGAUGGCAUGCACAGGAGCAGCACAUGAUUCUGACAUACCUUUUAAAAAAUUUGCUCAUGUAACACUUAUGGUUAUAAAUUAAAAGUGAUAGUUUGGCCAAAAAUUAAGUUUCUUUAAUUUUUCCCUUACAGCAAAUGUAGUCAGUUAGACCAGACGUGUUUGGUGUCCACAGUCUGCUCCUUUAGUUUUGUACUGGAAUGAGCCAAAUGAUGUGUUUUGAGGUGUGUGUGUGUGUGUGUGUGUGUGUGUGUGUAUGUAUGUGUGUGUGAUGAUUCAGGUGUUCAGACGUCUGGCUGAUCAGCUACAUUUGGAAUAAAAGGAGCAUUGUGUUAACGUCACAACUAUCACUUUAAGGUUAUUCACUGCGGAGCUGAUGUUAUUGAUGAAAAAAUAAUGUCGGGAUAUUUUCCAUCACAUUCACUAGAAUGUUCCUUUUAUGUGACUACAUCUCCCUAAAUACUGCUGUACUCACCUGUAAAAUGUAGUUUUAAUUCUUUUAAUAUUCUGCCAUCGAUCUUUCAGUACUUUUUUCAGUGUAAAAAUCUAUCAUCGGAAUAUUUGUGUGCUGAUUAGUUAUUCUCAUUAAACAAAUCUGACUCGCUUUCCAUUUCACACAAGUUAAUCAUAUAUAAAAAUCUGACGUGCUGCGUGUGACACUUCUUACUGUCGAAAGCUGGGGAGUGUUUGCAGGGGUGCUGUGGAAAAAACACUGCACUUGGCUUUUUUUAAUUUCUGAUUUAAUUUAAAGUUACAACUGCUAAUGUUACUGUGAAUAUUACUGGUCAGUAGGCUUGAUUUUGAUUUUUUUUUUUCCCUGCUCGAAGGUUACCAUUUAAAACAAUUGCGUUAAACAAUUUAAUCAUCCACAACCAAUAGGAACGGGGAAACAUUUCCACCAUUUCAGGAUUAAGAAGGAGAGAGAUAUGGGAGAGAGUAAUAUUAUUACUGACCGUGCAGAUGGGAGUGUAAAUUGGAUUUGUUGAGAUGAUUAAAUCGAUAUAUCGCACAAGCCUACUGGUCAAAUAUGUUUGUUGCAUUUUGGUUUUUUUUUUUUUUUUUUUUUUUUUGCACAGCCAUGUAUUUUUUCCAUAUCCCCAGAUUGUAGAUUUCCUUAGAGAAUGGUUAAUUAUGGUUAUUAUUUGCAGUGUUGUGAAAGUUGAAAAUAAAACUUCAAGUCUUGUGAUUUAUUACUUUAA